GCUUGUCAGAGUGCACAAGUGAUGUUCCGCACUGGAUUCUAGUGCCUGAGAUGGUUUGGAUGGAAUCAGCACCACAGCCUCUUCAAGCACUUGGAUGAAGUGAUGGUGGAAUGUAAGGCGCCCUCUUCUGGUGGAAAAAGUUGUGUGCUGAAGAUUACACAGCCAAAGUCAAAGAGCCCAAAUAUGCUUCCCCCGGACACACAGCUGAAACAGAUGUGACAUCAUAUAGCUGACUGAGAGGAGCGACAUCAGACAUGGAAUCUUCAACUGCUCAUGUGGACGUCCUCCAGACCACAACACUGAUGCCCAGUGUUCCGUCCUCGCACAGCUAUCUGCAGUUCUUCUGGGAAUACCAGGACAAUUCUGUUAUCGUGGAGCACUACAACUAUACGGGCAAACUGCAGGGCGACCGCUACCGAGAUGGACUCAAGCCUGAGGGAAUCGCAUUCCUGGUGGUGUGCAUCCUGAUCGUUCUGGAGAAUGCCGUGGUCCUUCUUGCGAUCUGGAGCAACAAAAAGUUCCAUGUGCCCAUGUAUUACCUCCUGGGGAACCUGACUCUUUCUGACCUGCUGGCCGGGAUCACCUAUAUGGCAAACAUUAUCAUGUCUGGACCUAAUACUUUGAAACUGACUCCGCUGUUGUGGUUUCUAAGGGAGGGAGGGGUUUUCAUCACCCUGGCAGCUUCCAUCAUCAGCCUCCUGGCCAUCGCCAUUGAGCGACAUGUAACUAUGGUUACCAUGAGGCCGUACCACGGAGCAAAGCGUGGUCGGAUGUUGGCAUUGAUCGGUGCGAGCUGGGCCCUCUCGGGGUUCCUGGGCGUCUUGCCUAUACUGGGUUGGAACUGCAUCUACAGACUGGACCAGUGUUCCACGGUUCUACCACUUUACUCCAAGAGCUACAUCCUGUGCUGUGUGACCGUAUUCAGUGCUGUGCUUCUCGCCAUCGUCGUCUUGUACGUGAGAGUGUUCCGCAUCGUCCGCGCAAACACUCAACGCCAGCGUCUGGUCCUGUCAAGCAGCAUGAGGAAAGGCUUGGGGAGGAAGUCCCAGAAAUACAUCGCCCUCCUCAAGACAGUCACCAUUGUGUUGGGAGUCUUCAUUGCCUGUUGGCUGCCCCUCUUUUUCCUGCUCCUGCUUGACUUUUUCUGCCCCACCCGUGGCUGCCGCCUACUCUUCAAGGCAGACUACUUCCUCGGCGUGGCCAUGGUCAACUCUCUCCUCAACCCCAUCAUCUACACCCUCACCAGUAAGGACAUGAGGCGGGCCAUUCUCAGACUGCUCUGCCAGCCCUGCCUGAUGACCAGGGACGGUCAGGUGAAGAAGCUCGGGAUGCCUUUUCUGGAGUGUAGCUUCAGUAAAACUGAGAUGGCCUCCCAGAAGCUAGAAGGAGGGCUGGAGACAACCGUGUCCACUGGGAAUGUGACCGCUGUAUCUCCCAUUAAAGCCCUCUAUCCCAAAAUUUUCAAAUCAUAGGAAACACUUGGCUCGCGUCAACCAUCUUGUUUAAACUGCUCAGGCGAAUAUGAGUCUAUUGAAAUAACAACUGGCAUGUUGAAUGUCAUGUGUUCAUUGUGGACAACAACAAAACAUAUUUGGAUAUAAUCUGUGGUACGCGUGGUAUCUGGGUCAAUGACCUUUUGCAGUAAAACCUCGAAUCCCAGCGAGGGCUGACUGAUCUGCACCCCCAGAUUUGUAACGCAGUAUAGCAAUGAAAAGGUGUCUUGUGUGUGUUGCCAUGUGAUGCACGAAAUGUGAAUUUUCUUUUUAAACUAAAACAAAAUACGCACUAUUAGUAGUAUAUGUAGCUGUUUUGAGACUGAAUCAUAGCAAGUGAGAUGCCCCAUCGUUGCCAUAGCAACACAACUGGUCAAGCCAGUGGCCACUGCAAAAAACUUUGCUAGCUGUUUGAGCUGUUAUCGCUCAAUAGCGCCAUCUACAUCUGACCUUUCAAGCCGUGAACUUGUAAGAAUGCUUGUUAGCUGGUGUCCUUCAAUGUAAGGCAGAACACAUGAAGACACAAAAUAGUGUCCAUUAUUUUAAUAUGCCCAAUUUGGCUCCUUCAUUUAAAACUACAUUAACAAACUAGUAAUCAUUACUGAUUUGCACUGACGUAUAAUAAAGUGGAGCUUUCGUCUAAAUGUUUUUGAUUCUUGUGUUUCCAUGUUGCCACCGUGCCAUAAACAUGAAACACAGUUAGGAUAUAGACUUGUUGCUCUGUGCCAUAAUAGCCUCAUUUCGCUGGUUCGAAAGAGAAGGUGGAAUUCAAGUCUGUGUUUUCUUAAAUUGUAUCGACUCUCUACAAAGAGGCGACGGCAGUAAACUUUCCGGUCGCGGAAGACAACAUGGGUAAGCUGUGGGUGGGAAGUAGGCGGCCAAGUUCCCCUUCUCCAAAAGUCCCCAGUCAAAAUUAGACAUUGUUGGGUGAAGCGUCUGGCUUUCUUUAAAUGUCAGUAUGUUAAUAGCAGGAAUAUAAACUGAUCCAGUAUGACUGCAUGCAGAUGUUGCUAACUUUGCAAAAUUGAGUCUCAAUGAAAAAAGACAUGCCGUGAGUUUUUGUUUUUUUUUUCGUUUACAGUUGGCAAGAGUACAAUUACUUUUGAAAAUCAUCUACAUUUGGGAAGUAAACUUCCUUUCACUAUCAAUAACAUCUGUUUUUGUUAUGAAUGAGUGACUGUAACGCUCAAAUGUUUAGAGUAGAAUUGAGCCGGUUGUUUUACUGUAAAUUAUACAUGGUAUGUGUUUUAGUAUUUCUGAAGGUUUUUUGAUACAUCUGUAACAUAAGUCAUGUGAUUUUGUA